GUAACUGACUCUCCUGUUGGACGGGUCACAGAUGAACUGGACAGAGAGACGAAUGAGGAGCUGAAGCACGGUGAUGUUCUAGAGGAGCAAGAACUCACAGUCAGUGUCCAGAGAGCUGCAGUUUGUCACUGACAUUUUCAUGGCUUCUGUCCUCUUCCUCCUCCUCCUUCUCCUCCUCAUCACCAGGUUCCCAGGUAACAGCUCUGUGAAUACAGAUGUACAGAGAGGAGGAUCUGUCACCAUCCCAUGUCACUAUGGUCACCAAUACAGAUACCAUGUGAAAUACUGGUGUAAAGGAUACACAUGGUCACACUGUACUACCACGGUACGCAGUAACUCAACACAGAGUAAAGGCGAUGUGUUCAUCACCGAUGUCCCCGACCAGCUGGUCUUCUAUGUGACCAUGAGGAACCUACAGGAGAAGGACGCUGGCUGGUACUGGUGCGGAGUGGGCACUGGUAGUCCUCAGUAUGAAAUUUCCUCUCACUAUAUAACAAUUUCUACAGGUACUAAAAAAGUGAGGACUGAGAGCUGGAGAUCAGUAGAGAGAGGAGCAUCUGUCACCAUCCCAUGUCGCUAUGAUCGGCAAUUUAAACACCAAGUGAAAUACUGGUGUAGAGGGAAAGCUUGGAGGUACUGUACUACUAUGGUACGCACUGCCUCACCGCAGAGUAAAGGCGACGUGUCCAUCACCGAUGACCCCGGCAAACUGGUCUUCAACGUGACCAUGAGGAACCUACAGAAGGAGAACUCUGGCUGGUACUGGUGUGGAGUGGAAACUCGUUCUUCUCGAACUGAAAAUGACCUCACAGCUCUAUAUUUAUUAGUAACCGGAGGAGAGUCAGUUACCACGCCGGUUACCACGCCGGUUACCCCAUCGUCUCCUGCUGCCUUAACUAAGGAGACGUGCCAAACAACAAAUGCACAAAGUCCAUGCGCACUGCUCAUCGCUCUGCUCUCAGUCGCACUUCUCCUUCUGCUCUUGGUGCCUUUUGUCAUCAAGACCUGGAUUCUGCACAAGAAACUGAAGGAAACACACACCACACGCAGGGAUGGAGAGAACAGAUGGACGCCCGCUUCGACCAAAGACCAUGAAGAUGAAGUGACCUACAGCACCGUGGUUCACAAGAUACCGGCAGCACAGAGAGGAGUAAACAAGCCCCUCGUGGACCCUGGAGAUGCAGUGGUGUACAGCACUAUAGCAGUGCAGCACAACGAGUGUAUGAGCUACGGAGACAAAAGGGCUGAGAGUGAACACAGGGAAGCUCUUUCCUCAGCAGAACUGGCCAACCAGGAAGUGUGA